AUGCCCAGCUCGCUGUUUGCAGACCUGGAGCGCAACGGCAGCGGCGGCGGCGGGGGAGGCGGCGGCGGGGGAGGCGGCGGCGGCGGCGGCAGCGGCGGGGGAGAGACCCUGGAUGACCAAAGAGCCCUGCAGCUCGCGCUCGACCAGCUCUCCCUGCUGGGGCUGGACAGUGACGAGGGCGCGUCUCUGUACGACAGCGAGCCGAGGAAGAAGAGCGUGAACAUGACCGAGUGCGUGCCGGUGCCCAGUUCCGAGCAUGUCGCCGAGAUCGUGGGGCGGCAAGGUUGUAAAAUCAAAGCACUGCGGGCGAAGACCAACACUUAUAUCAAGACCCCAGUUCGUGGGGAGGAGCCUGUCUUUGUUGUGACGGGCAGGAAGGAGGAUGUGGCCAUGGCUCGGAGGGAGAUCAUCUCUGCCGCCGAGCACUUCUCCAUGAUCCGCGCCUCGCGGAAUAAGAACACGGCGCUCAACGGCGCAGUGCCCGGGCCGCCUAACCUGCCGGGGCAGACCACCAUCCAGGUGCGGGUGCCCUACCGCGUGGUGGGGCUCGUGGUGGGGCCCAAGGGCGCCACGAUCAAGCGCAUCCAGCAGCAGACGCACACGUACAUCGUGACGCCCAGCCGCGACAAGGAGCCUGUGUUCGAGGUGACCGGCAUGCCUGAGAACGUGGACCGAGCUCGCGAGGAGAUCGAGGCGCACAUCGCCCUGCGCACUGGCGGCAUCAUUGAGCUCACAGAUGAGAACGACUUCCACGCCAAUGGUACGGAUGUGGGCUUUGAUCUGCAUCAUGGGUCCGGCGGGUCCGGCCCAGGCAGCCUCUGGAGCAAGCCCACCCCCAGCAUUACGCCCACUCCGGGCCGCAAGCCCUUCUCUAGUUACCGCAACGACAGCUCCAGCUCGCUUGGCAGCGCCUCCACAGACUCUUACUUCGGCGGGGGGACCAGCGGCAGUGCAGCUGCCACCCCGCGCCUGGCGGACUAUAGUCCCCCCAGCCCCGCGCUCAGCUUUGCUCACAAUGGAAACAACAACAAUGGCAAUGGAUACACCUACACGGCGGGGGAGGCUUCUGUGCCUUCCCCUGACGGCUGUCCUGAGCUACAGCCCACCUUCGACCCGGCUCCCGCCCCACCGCCUGGGGCUCCACUUCUCUGGGCCCAGUUUGAGAGGUCCCCGGGAGGCGGACCUGCAGCUCCCGUGUCCUCUUCCUGCUCUUCCUCUGCAUCUUCGUCUGCUUCGUCUUCCUCUGUGGUCUUUCCCGGGGGCGGCGCGAGCGCGCCCUCCAACGCCAACCUGGGGCUGCUGGUGCACCGCCGGCUGCACCCGGGCACCAGCUGCCCCCGUUUGUCCCCGCCCUUGCACAUGGCUCCGGGGGCGGGCGAGCACCACCUGGCUCGUCGGGUGCGCAGCGACCCGGGCGGAGGGGGCCUGGCCUACGCCGCCUAUGCCAACGGCCUUGGGGCGCAGCUGCCGGGCCUGCAGCCGUCGGACACAUCCGGCUCCUCGUCCUCGUCCAGCUCCUCCUCCAGCUCUUCAUCCUCCUCCUCUGGGUUGCGGCGUAAGGGCAGCCGUGACUGCUCCGUGUGCUUUGAGAGCGAAGUAAUCGCCGCACUGGUGCCCUGCGGCCACAACCUCUUUUGCAUGGAGUGCGCCAACCGCAUCUGUGAGAAGAGUGAGCCUGAAUGCCCGGUCUGCCACACCGCGGUCACUCAGGCCAUCCGCAUCUUUUCUUGA